UAAAGUCGUGACACUGCGAGCUGAAGACUCGACUUAUUCGUUCCGAAGGUGUUUUUUUUUGGACUACCAUGAUGAAAUCUGCUUGUCUUGUCGCUAAACAGACGCGUUUCUCCGGAGCCCCAGGUUUUAGGGAGAACUCUAGGAUGGCGCAGGCAUCCAUCAGCAGCAGGCCUGUCCUAUGGAGACCGUGGCUCGUGACUGAUCAGGAUGCGCACACUGUGAGCCGGAGGACCAAGCUUAUCUGUCCUUAUUCCCGGCCAACGGUGCCAAGCAACACCAUGGCAGAUGGCAAAGCUCAGCCUUUCCAACACCCUGUCAGACUGUUUUGGCCGAAAUCCAAGUCAUUCGACUACCUCUACAGUGACGGCGAGGCACUUCUGAGAAACUUCCCAGUCCAGGCAACCAUCUGCUUCUAUGAUGAGUCCGACAGUGAGGAUGAUGAGGACGAACAGGACGACUGGGAAGACGAGGAAGACGCUGACGACAAAGAGUGCCACAAACCUCAGGGCCGUUUUUGCGACUAUAACUGAAUCACGGUCGAACUUUGGAACAAACACGCACACACACAAGGAACAUCUGACAUCUUGUCAGGACUGUCUAAUCACCAAGGGAAAACAAACCAACCAACCACAGCUGCAUAUUUCUGAAUAUGAUCACAAAAACCUGUUUUGAAAAAAAAAGGACAAGGGGAAAAUCUUCAGAACUGGAUGGUUUUCCAAACUGUAAUUUCCUUUGGGAAAUGUAUAACGCGAAUCCCACAUUGGGAAGAAUGUUUCCAGGAUGACUCAGGGUCUCUGCUUUUUUGUAUGCAAGAUUCCUAAAUCUUUAUUAUUUUAUUAUUUCUUUGUCUUUAAUUUAUGCUGUAUAUAUCUCCACCUAUAGAUAUUUAUGUCCUAUUUUUUUUACUUUGUGUAAAUUGCACAAUAAACCUAAAUAUAAAAA